GCAUCUUCCACCUAAUUCUAGUGUGCCUCCUGCCUGAUAGGCAGCUGAGGACUUAUUCUUCGCAAGCACACUCGUGGCCCCGCAAGCCAUUCAAUCAGCCAACCACAGGAACAUGGCCUCCAGGUGCAAAACUCAUGUCCAUACCGUUUGAUGCGUGCCUGGGUCCCUUCAAGACAUGCAAACAAGCAUGUCGAAAGCGCUCGUUACGACCACAGGCAGCACCAAAAGUUGUUUUCGACGGUUCACGUACAGGCUGGAACCGAGCCGCCCUUGGAUACAUAUAAAGCCUCUUUCCUUGCUCAUUAUUCUCACUGUGCUAAAAGCUUCCUUUACUGCGUUGAUCCUGUCGUCACUACAACCCUGCCAUUCAUGCCUCCUCUUACUCCUUUGAUAGGAAUAAUAGCUUGGAUUCCUUUCUACUAUAUUAAAGUAGAAGCCACAAAUCAGCCAAACUACGGUCGCUAUCCACCAAAUAUUCCCCCUCCCAAAAUGGGUUUCGAUCCAAACAAUUACUCCCAGAUAUAUAUCCUAGCUGUUGGUCAACCGGGAUAUGCGGACGACCCCUGCUUGGACGAGCCCUGCUUCAUCGUAAGCCCUGAGUACAGUUCUGACCGGCUGUGCGCGACCGUUACGGACCUAGAACGCUUUGUGCCUGAAAUACGUGAAAUAGGCAAGAAGGUGUUGAAAGACUAUUGGAAAUGGAGGGCGGUGGAUCUUGAGGGGCAUCCUCUGCCCGAAUAUCAAAGUUAUUACGAUACCUAUUUGUAUGUAGAACCGACGUUGUACAAUCCGCUGAGUGGUGAUCUUACAAGGGAGGGACUGUACCGGAUGGUCAAAAGGUUGGACUAAAAUAUGCAAAUGGCGUGGAAAGGACGGUUUUGGUACUUAUCGGCUUAAUGAUUAUUUCCUUGUGUCCCUCG